AUGAGCAAGAACAAACCAAAGCCAACAGAUGCUAAACCAUAGUUAUCAAAAGCUGAAUUGGAGGCACAAAAUAAGGCUAAAUAAGUUAAUGAUGUCGAGAAUGAAGCGUACAAGAAAUAAAUGAGAGAAGAAAUAAGAUUGCUUAAAACAGACAUAGAUGCAGAAGAGAAAUUGCUUUCUUAAUAUCAAUAGGAAAGAGAGAAGAUAAAUUACAACUGGAUUAUUGCUAAGAAGGAAUUGGAUGAUAAGAAAAGUGACUUCAUUAACAAGGAAAGAGAAAUUCAGGAUCUGAAGGAGAAUCACUUCAUGCAGUUGAAUCUUUAUAAAUAAAAAAUUAAGCAUCUGUUAUUUUAAAAUCAGGAUCAGCAAAGUGAUUUAAGGAAGGAUGUAGAGGUCACAUUAAAACAACUAGAAGAUGAUCAUAGAAUGAAGGAUAGAGAAUUAAAGACUGACAUUCGAUCUUUGAAGGUUCAAUAGAAAGAAGCUGAUUUGGCUUAAAAUGAUUAUAUGUUUGCACUCAAAACUGAAUACGAUCGACAAGCUACUUAAUUAAGGCAGAACUUUGAAAGAUAGGCGAAUGAUUUAAAGGAGAAGUAUCAUUUAAAAAUGGAGAAAUUGAGAAGAGAAAUGGAGGAGGCUAGAAAUAAUCUCAUUAAAAUUCUGCAAGAGAAAAAGGAUCUAAGGAUUUAACAAUUGACGAAAGAACAUUCUAAAAAAUAUACUGAAAUUAAGAAUUACUAUUCUGAUAUCACUGCAACCAAUUUGGAUAUGAUUAAGAGUUUGAAAAAUGAGAUUACAGAUCAUCAAAAAAAAGAAGAAAAGGAUAAAAAACUAUUGUAAUCAAUUGAAAAUGAGUCGAAGAAUUUGAAUGAGCCACUCAAGGCAAUUAAAGAGGAAAUUAAAUUCUUAAUUAAAGAAAAGGAAGAACAAGCCCAAGUUGUUUAACAAAAGGAACAAUUGAAGUUAAAAAUAGAUGAACUUGAAAAGAAGUUUAGAAAUUUAGAAUAUGAAUAUGAAGUUAAAUUAUAGCAUUUCCAAUAUAUGGAAAGAGAAAAGAGAUCACUUGAGGAUAAAUUUAAUUCAACAAUUUAAUCGAUCUAAUAAAAAACUGGCUUAUAAAAUCUUAUCUUGGAAAAGAAAACCUCUGCUGUAUAAGAGGAACUGGAAAUCAAGGAAUUGCAAUUGAAUCAAGUCUUACAAGGGGCAAAUAUUGAUCAGAAUUCCAUAAAUAUCAUUACAAGGUAGUAUUAAGAAAUUGAUGUUCAAAAAUCAGCAUAAAUUGCUGAAUUGCAAUAAUAAUUAACGUAAAUAAGAAAGGCCCAUUCUCAUAUGGUUAAGGCUUAUGAUGGUAAAUUAGCUGAAUUCGUAAUUCCUGUGGAAGAACUUGGAUUCGAUCCAUUGGUGCCAACUUUUACGGAAUGAGUCGCAAAUAUUACAUUCAGUUAUUUUAUAUGAUGUCGAAAA